AUGAGACCGAUCGUGACGAAGAACAGCAGUUCUUCGACUGCUAAGAACACGAGCAGCAAAAAUGUGUUGGGAAAACCAAACGCGCCGCCAGAUGAUGUCCUCUCAUCGGGAGGAGGAAAGUCCGCCAUCGCGGAGAAGUAUAAAACGAAUGCCACCACCACGGGGAGAAAAUCAGUCUCGUUCGCGGAAACCGACGUGCUCUUAGGAGGAGGAGGAGCACACGAAACAGGGAGGGGAUGGAUAUUCUCGAACAACGUGAGAACGGUGUACGCGAUAUCGUUGGCGUGCGCGGCUUUGUUCGCCAUGCCGUUCGCAUACAUCGCCGGGUUCAACUCUGCCACCACCUCUUUGUUGUACAAAUUCGGCAUCUCUCCAGUACCGAGCGUUUCCGUGAUUGGCGAAUAUUACCACGACGCGUUGUCGGGAAUGUUCCCGGAUGGGAUCCCGCAAUGGCCGUUGGAUGUUAACUUAAUGAUCAUAACCAGACACCAAAACAAAGACGAUUACAGAGGUUUUCACGCGAUUAAAGCGGUAUUUCCGAGAGCCGAGCAGACAUGGGGGGUGGACCCGUUGACGUGGCCGAAAUAUAUCGACGAGGCGGAGCACGCGGUGUCGAACAUAAGGAGUAUUAACGCGAGGAAUUUUGCGGACUCGAAUAAGUUAGCCAUGAGUAAAGACCGAUAUUGGGACGAGAGAAGAUCGCCAGAGAGUUUAGUUGGAGUGCCGUGGAUUGACGCGAUUGAUUUAAGAGAGGAGGAAACCGGCGCUUUGACUCAGGAAAGGGUCGGAUUGUCGCACCACAUCGGGUGUUUGUUCGCACACAUGAAGGCGUGGCAGAACAUGAAAGAUUUAGGAAUGGACAAAGCGUGGAUCAUGGAAUCCGACGGGUUGAUGAAGAUGCAAGAGUACUCGAAUAUCCCGCUCUGGGCGAUGACCAGCGUCGCGCAAAACUUACCCGAAGACGCUGAUUUCGUUUUGUUGCACAAAGGCAUGGACAAAUUCUGUGGUGUAGAUGGGAGUUUGUGCGCCAUGCACUCGACGUUCGAGGCGAAGAACUUGUUUGACCCCUCCGAUCGCGAGAUGUUAGCCUUCCGCCACUGGCCUAUCGAAGGUUCCGAAGCUGGUUUGCAAACAUACAUCGUCAGCGAACGCUUCGUCGAUAAAAUGCAAGAAUUCUUAGCGGCGCAUGGAAGUGACAUGAUCGACGCGUAUUUAUACGGCAACUUGUGCCAAAACGAAUAUAAAUCCCCGGAGGAAAGAGACAAGUUAUGGGCGAUGAAUUACAUGAGCCAACACGCGCAGAAAGCGCCGCACAGCUCCGCCGACGAAAGAGGUUUAAAAAUCCUCAAUUGUUACAUAGUUACGCCGGCGUAA